AUGUGGACCGCGUUAUCCCUCUGUAUCCUCAUCGCAUCAGCGGCUGUGCUGUACGAUCAGCUCACGAAGAGGAUCCCGUCACGAUUGCGAGCCGAAGAGGCGCCCAGGAGCGCAUUCGGUCUCGUCAGAGCGGACAAGCUUAGCUCGCAUGCAAGCGCUCAUGGAAUCGACAUUAUUUUCGUCCACGGCCUAGGCUCGAACCCUGACACAACCUGGAGACCAAGAGACGGCCAAUGCUGGGUCAGCGACUUCCUCCCACAAGACAUCCCCGCGUCGUUCCACAAAGACAUUCGAAUCUUCUUCUAUAACUACGAUUCGUACUGGAAGAGGGAUGCUGUUCAAGCGCGGCUAUGGAGUCUUGGAAAGAGCUUGCUCGACCGCAUAACUUCGCAGAUCCGGGGGACAGCAGAGGAGCAGACGCGGCAUCUAGUCUUCGUCGGCCAUAGCUAUGGAGGCCUUGUCAUUAAGCGGGCGCUGAUACAGGCGAGCACGAAUCCAUCAUUCGCCGAUAUUGCCGAUUACACAAGAACCGUCUUCUUCUUGGGCACCCCUCACCGCGGCUCAAGCUUCAGCACAUGGGGAAGCAUCGCUGCUCGAGCGCUCCAACCGCUCGGAUCGAACCCGUCGCUUCUCCAAGAAGUAGCGUACGACUCUCUCCCCCUGCGGGAUCUGCAUGAGGAGUUCGAGAAUGCCGUGAGGGACAAGCUGCGGGUGAUUAACUUCUAUGAGCAACGCAAGACGCGGGUUCUGAAAGUGUGGUUUAUCCAGUGGGAGGAAUGGUGUGUUCCAGAGCAAUCAGCGACGUAUAGCAAGGUUGAUAACAUUGGCCUUCCCGUUGACCACUACGGCCUGAACAAGUUUGGAUCAAGGGAUGACAACUACGGGGUGAUCUUUCAAAAGCUCCUUGAGACAAUUAGGCCCAUCGCAUCUCAGAAGCGGCGGCGGAUUUAUUCUGUACCCAUCGACACGGUAGAGAGCUAUACGGAGCGGCAUGGGCUGUCAGCUGCGGUCGACGAGAAGCUGCGCGUGCCUCAUCAGAAGGCUAGCGUCCCUCAUGCACUCACCAUCUACGGGCUCGGCGGCACAGGGAAGACACAGCUAGCACUGAAGUACGUUGAGGACCAUCAAGACGAUUACAAUCCCAUCCUCUGGAUUGACGCCAAGGACGAAGACUCUGUGCGGUCGAGUUUUGAGCGGUGCGCGAGCGAGCUUCAGCUGUCAGUAGAUCGGACCCAGACACAAGGCUCCAGUCUCGUGGACUCACCGACGGUGCAAGCUGUGCUCCGAUGGCUUUAUAGCCGAAAGGACACAAAUGAAGCAUGGCUAGUGAUCAUCGAUAAUGCCGACGACGUUUCGUGGGGCAUCAAGAAGGUGCUUCCUAAAGGACAACGGGGAAGCGUUAUCAUCACCAGCCAAGAUAGUCAGUCGCAGAAACUAGUAGACGGAGGCUGCGAGGAGGUCCGGGUAGACAUCAUGGAGCUACUGGAAGCAAGGAUGCUUCUUCUUCGACAUCUUCGGUUGGAUCUAGAGCCGGUGCCCCAAGAUAUUCAAGAAGACUGCGAUAAGAUAGCGGAGCGACUUGGGUACUUGGCUCUGGCCAUUGACCUCGCCGGAGCUUAUAUCGGCAAUGAACCGGACCAGCGGCAAGCUCCGCGACAGUACCUAGCGGACUAUGCCCGGCACCGAGACGAUCUACUGCAGAGCGAACAUAACCGUGGUCUGUCCGCGAGCGACAAGACGGUGUGGACGGUGUGGGACACGACGCUGGAGAAGAUUGAGAGGCGUCAUGCGGAUUUGCGACCAGGCUGGUUGCUUGCGUUUCUGGCCCGGUUCAGCGACGGGGUGGUGCAGGACGAGUUGUUCCGGCUGGCCAGCCUAAGCAUAUCUAGUGUUACCCGGGAAAUGUACGACGAGACUGCCGAACUUCCUGAAUGGCUCGCCAAGGUUCUGGCAUUUGACGGAAAGGAAUGGGACGAUUUCUGUUACCGGCAGAGUCGCAACGUGCUUAUUCGGUAUAACCUAUUGCAGCGGACUCAUGGAGACUGGGACGGUGUAAGAAUGCAUGGGCUGGUCCAGUGGCGAGCGACAAAGUUUGAGCAAGCCAUGCCGUGGGAUCGCUGGCAUCUUAUGGCCACUACUGCAGCUUGUGCACAGCUUUCAGAAGAAAUGGCGAGGCCGCAGUUUCGAAGGCAUAUGGUUACACACAUACCUGAUUUGAGUUGGGAAUGCCUUACUAGGUUAGGGAUUGACGAAGCGAGGAUGCCAUUCGUAUGGGGGACUGUUGGAAGCGCCUACUUUGACGAAGGACGGUGGAAGGAGGCGGAAGAGCUGGAGGUGCAAGUGAUGGAGACGAGAAAGAGGAUGCUUGGGGAGGAGCAUCCAGACACGCUGAGCAGCAUGGCCAACCUGGCGUCAACGUACAGGAAUCAAGGGCGGUGGAAGGAGGCGGAAGAGCUGGAGGUGCGAGUGAUGGAGAUGAGUGUGAGGGUGCUUGGGGAGGAGCAUCCUUCCACGCUGACCAGCAUGGCCAACCUGGCGUCGACGUACAGGAAUCAAGGGCGGUGGAAGGAGGCGGAAGAGCUGGAGGUGCGAGUGAUGGAGAUGAGUGUGAGGGUGCUUGGGGAGGAGCAUCCUUCCACGCUGAACAGCAUGGCCAACCUGGCGUCGACGUACAGGGAUCAAGGGCGGUGGAAGGAGGCGGAAGAGCUGGAGGUGCAAGUGAUGGAGACGAGAAAGAGGAUGCUUGGGGAGGAGCAUCCUUCCACGCUGAUCAGUAUGGCCAACCUGGCACACACGUGGACGUCCCAAAACCGGAAUGAAGAGGCUAUCCUAAUGAUGGAAAAGUGCUUCGAGCUACAUAACCUGGCGUCAACGUACUGGAAUCAAGGGCGGUGGAAGGAGGCGGAAGAGCUGGAGGUGCAAGUGAUGGAGACGAGAAAGAGGAUGCUUGGGGAGGAGCAUCCUUCCACGCUGAUCAGUAUGGCCAACCUGGCACACACGUGGACGUCCCAAAACCGGAAUGAAGAGGCUAUCCUAAUGAUGGAAAAGUGCUUCGAGCUACAGAGGCAUAUCCUUGGCCCUGACCAUCCUGACACAGUGUCUUCACGUGAAGCUCUAAAUGAGUGGCAGAGGGGGGACCACGAGAUUGGACUUUGA